AUGAAGAAAGCCAAGAAGAGUAUUGCCACUCAAAAUAAGAUUAGAAAAGUGCUUCAUCAUAAACUCAUAACUGCACUGACAAUAAAUGCAGAUUCCAAUCGUCAAUAUCCUCAAAGAUUAACCCCCAGUAUACUAAAGAAUGAUAAUUGUGACUUGUUAAUCUACUUGAUAUAUAUGAAAUAUAUAAAUGAUUUGAUUAAAGGGGGAGGUGAUCCUAAAUAUGGGCUUAUUGGAAAGAAUGGAGAAAUAACUGAACAACGAUUGAAUAAUGCCAAUGAUGAAUUGAUAAGGAAAUAUCAAGGGUAA